AUGGCCGCGAACAUCUUCAUAUUGCUCCUCCUUGGUGUGGCGGCACAGCCACUUCCACCAGCACCUCAGCAACCAGGUUGCGUGGAGGAGCUGGUGGCGUUUUCGCCUUGCCUGCCCUUUGUAUCAGACCCACCAAACAACGCCACCGACUCAGUUGCUCCACAGUGCUGCGACGUCUUCAAUUCUGCUUUCGACUCCGGCGACGGUUACUGUUUCUGUUACAUCCUCCGGCAGCCGCGGAUCUUUGGGUUUCCGUUGAACAGAGAAAGGGUUGCUUCACUGUCUUCCUUUUGCAUGGCCAAGAACAGCGUUGCUUCUCUAGACUCGCUCUGCUCUUCAGGUGCACCAGCGCUGCCGCCAUUGCCAAGCACCACAGAUUCAGGGAUAUUGAAACCAUUCAAUUCUCGUUUAGAUAAUGAUUCAACAAGCUCACCCCCAGAAUCUCCGGUCAAGUCGCUAACACCGCCAAGUUCCUCAGUAGAAGAAGCUGUUUUUUCUUCUGCAACAAACCAGAUUUACAAGCAUAUCAUUUGGUUCCUACUUGGAAUGGUGAUUUUUCUGCUUACUCUACAUUCAUUCUUGGUCUGA